GUCGUGCAUCGUUCGAUCCGAGUUCGAGAGCUGCUGCGACCGUGUCUCCGUGGCCAGACUACCAGUUCGAUCCGUCACUCCGUUCCGUUAGCAUUAUGUUGCUCGUCUCGUUGGUCUCGUGAUAUUUUUUUUCAUUCAGUUUUUAUUGUUUUCUACACCUUUCGAUUCCAAUCUGCUGCGCGCGGUGAGUCAUUUACGUUAUUUACUUUCGUCGGAAGGUAAUUCGUGUCGAUUUGUGGAGUGUCAUCCGCGGAAGAUCAAUCGUCUUUGUCCGUGGCAGGAUGUGUUGAAUCCGUGUCGUGGGUCUGGGUCGGUGGAAGCAGCUCCUAAAUUGUCCGUGAAUCUGUGUGCUGCAAGUUGGGUGUCGGAAGGAGUGUUAACCAAUUACAAUUAAUAGGAGAGGCACCACAGAGUGAAACGGGAAGGCUGAAUGGUUGACUGACCAUUUGGCAGAGUGAACGGCGCGCCAAGGUGGAAAUCUCCCAGAAAGUGUAUUUACCCAGCCUACUACUGCUGUUUGCUCGACUGCUCGUCGCUGCCUAGGCGCAAGAGAUUAAUACGGGCGAGUGAAACUUAUCGCCGUCGUGGUAUGCAAUCCGUCUAUCUAGUAGGCUGAAUGCAUCGUCGUCGUCAUCGGUGAAAUCCGACGACAAAGCAAUCUGUUGCUGAAUCGGCCUACUGUGUGGCUUUUUAGUUCGAAAUAUUCGGGAAGUGCUGCCUUUCGCAAGAAAUUUGCGUUUGAUGAUUGGAGAAGAUUUUAGCAGCUAACGGGAUUGCUGAUUGGGGAAGGUGGAGCUGAUCGAGCGGAAAACAUUCUUCAGAUAACGUAGACCAGCAAGCAGCGCCCGCCAGAGGUUGCUGACGCAUCAUCUGUGUAGGAAUUAGCUCCGAAGCAAAAAUGUGGAGUCCAACACAUAUACAAGUGACUGUCCAACGAGCCAAAGGCCUGCUGAUAAAAGGCAAGCAUGGAACCAACAACUGUUUCGUCAUCAUCGCACUCGGCAAGGAGAAGUACACGACGUCGGUCAAGGAGAAGGCACCGGAAGCUGUGGAAUGGCACGAGGAGUGCGAACUGCAAAUCCCAUCGCAAGGCAACCGAGCAGAGUUGGUUCUCACGGCCCUACACCACAACACCCUCGGGCUUGACGAGUUCCUGGGCCAGGUCGUGCUUCCUCUCAACGAAAUGGACGUGUACGAACGGCCACGUUCCCGGUGGUUCAAGCUGCAGAGCAAACCGGGCAAAGAGAAAAAGAAAGAACGCGGAGAGCUGGAAGUUCGGAUAGCUUUCACCGUCAAGGCCGGCUCGUUGACGGAUCUGAGCAAGAAGGAGAAGAACAAGAGCUCGGUCAGCAACCUGGCGUCUAACGUUGGGGGUUCCUUGCUCAGCAUCGGUGCUAUUGAAAAGCGAAAGAGUCUGAAAAAGUUCGCCAAAUCGCUGGGGUCUAAGGUACACAUCAGUGGGAUCGGUAAGAAGAAGAACAAGGAUGUAGACUCGGUAGCCGAUGAUGCAUCAUUUACGGGCAGCUAUUCAAGUAUCGGCACACCUAGUGGAUUACAGUCCAGACAAUCACGUCAGACCUUCGGGGACGCGGAUCCAGGUGUGAUCAGCGAGGACGAAGAUGAGUUCGUUUUCGACAAUCUCUCACAUAAAAGUUCGGGCAGUUCGUUGAACACCCGGGCCCAAAGUGGAGCAGGACAUAUUUUGCCAAAAUCCACGACACAAUCAAGCGCUUCAACGCCGGAUGAGACCAGGAAACAUAAAUCGGUAACUUUGCCACCGUCCAAACCUCCGAGACUAAUCUCGGAAAAUGAAUCUGAGCCGGCAGCACCGGCCAAGGUCGAUGAAUGGGAACAGAAGCUUUACGGGAAACACUUAGAGAUUGGAAGCACCGAUUCGCUGAAGAGAAGGUCAUGGGAAAGCUCACGUGUAAUGCUUUCCGUACAACAGGAAGAAGACGAGGAACAACACCAGAAGAAGGCACCUCAAGAGCCAUCCCUUCCUCCCACCUCCGCUACUGCUCCUACUUCUCCACUUUUGACGGAUAAAACCCAGAAAGAAGAGUCGGAAGGCUACGACAAACCGAGACCUCUUCCCCGUGCCGGAUCGCAAGAUAUCAGCAAAGUCAGUGAUAAGCUGGUAAUCAACAAUGGGCCCAUAACCGGCAACAGCAGGAGCAACAGUCGCAAAUCGAUUAACCAACCGUCACCCAAGCUGGAGAAGCAGGACAGCAGCUCCUUCACGAAAAAGCUGAAGCACUUCAUAAAGGACCACCGGGCGGAAUCGAUGGAGAAUCUGUCCGGCAGCCGGAAGCAACUGAACGGCGCCACAAAGCAUCAGCACGUAAACGAGCGAAUCAUCAUCGGAGGCGAGAACGGCAGCAACGGUACCGGUGAUCUGCCGAUAUCGUUCCUGUCGGCGGCGCGCCAGAGCAAGCUGGUUACCGAGGUGUCACCGGAGAUUAUGGCCAAAUACGAGGGCAAGACGCGGGAAGACAUGAUGAAGAUUGCCCACAAUCUGGAGAACGAGGUCAACUACCAGAAGCAGAAGGUGAAGGAACUGGAGGACUACCUGGACAGUUUGCUGCUAAAGGUGAUGGAAUGCCAGCCGCGGAUACUGCAGAAUCCCUACCAGAAGGCCAAUCCCACCAAGAGCCUGCUCAGAACUAGUAACCUUUUCAAGGAAUAGGACAGGUGGAUGAUUUGCCCUUCUUCCUUACAGCAGUAUAAGCAAGCAGCUGAUGGAGUGCGUUUAUCUGUAGAGUCUUGAGGUGUACCUCAAAUGGGUAACCAUUCGCCCCACAACACGUUCCUAGCGAACGCUGUUAAUCGUCGUCCACUACUACCAACUAUACCUACUAACAACAGAACUGAUUGUCAUCGCGGUAAGCAUACCUGUGAAAGUUUUUUUUUCUCCCAAAUUCUUAUCACUGUCUUAUGUGUUGUACAAGUACUUUCGCCUUUUUUACUAACUGAUCGUGGAGUUUCGCUUUUAAAAUUACAAUCGUGAAAAGACAAUAUUCCAGUAAACAUGUUUUUAUAUGGAACUUUCUUGAAGGAAAACAAUCUAAAAUUAAUUUGUACAUUUCGAAACCUGUUAUUUUAAAUCCACAACUAUCGAUCACUUUUUUAAUACAUUUAUUUUUACACUGUGCAACAAUUAUCCACUCUUUAAUUGUUAUAUCGAAUAAAACAUAUAUGAUAAUAUACAUUAACAUUAGUGAACGCAACCCGCAAACCAUUUGCGUGGUUUAACCCGUUGGAAAAUUACACUGAAUCAAAAAUUCCGUACCACAGAAGAGGCCUUGUAUUUAUUGAAUGCCGGCGGUAAGGUUCGUACUGCACUUUAGAAGAUAUACACGAACCGUACCUAAAAAACUGAAUUGUACUGAUGGAUCUGUGGGAGGCUGGGGGUGACCCAGUUCACGUUGUUUCAUAAAACUACGAAGAAAAAAAAUUCUCAAUCGGCGAUGAUCAUCAUCACCAACUCAACCGAGAAGGCGAUGAACACAUGGAACAAUCGUUUAUUUUAUAUGCCUAUAUUGUGCGUGACCACAGUGCAGACUAGAUCGCGUUCACGAACGGCUACUAGACGAAGUACAGGUACACAGUAAUAUGCAAUUAUACACAUUAUUCUAUAUUGAUUUAACAGUAAGUUCGGAAAUACAUUUAUUUAGAGUUGAGUUAUUAGGAAAUUG